CUGGUGUCGAUGGCGACGUCCAACACCUACAAGGCUAGUCAAUAUGGAGACGGCACAACCUCGUCCACCGGCAUCGCAUCUGCAUCCAGAUUGUACACAUCCCCCGUCAAGUCGUCGAAUGCGCAUGAUGGAUCGAAUCACUCGGCGGCCGUUUACACGUCCCCUUUGACGACCCUCGCCAGUGGCGCUCCGCGGCGCAGCAGUUCAUUAACGUCGUCGCCUCUCCUCGCGACAGCGUCCGACUUGACGUCGACCGCCGCCCCCUUCGUGCCCCAACAACUUCAACGACCCGCUCCUUCAUCCGCGGAUCCUUCCGAGUCCGCGCCGCUCGUUCAGGUUACGCGUGGAGGAUGCAUCUUCUUCGUGCCGGAAGCCGACGCGACGGGAGCAGUGCCACCACCGCCCAUCCCGCCGUCGACGUUGUUGCCGCCAUCCCCGUCCUAUGAGCACCCUCCGCAUCUACAUGUCGACACCCACGGAGACCACCUUCAUUACCCUUCUCACUAUUCGCCGCAUGUUGGCCAUCCACCUCAUUCGGCGCCGUAUCCGUCUUCGCCCAUUGUGGCUACGCGGCGGUCGCUGGCUUCGCUGGCGUUGGCGCCGUCAAUCCGCCGGUCCCUAGACGCCCAGCAUGACGAAAUGGUCCGGCAGGUUGAUCCAGGAGACGAACGAUACAAGGAAAUCCCUUCUCAGUUUGUGUGCAUGUGGCCAUUGGACACAACCACGUCACAGCACCGCAACGUCGCAGGCAGCUUUGGGUACCCAUCUCACUCGUACAAGGUGCUCUCCGACACGGAUGGGCGGACGUACGCGUUGCGGCGCAUUGAAAAUGCCCGCACGACCCCCACGAUCGUCCAGCAGGCUGUUGAUAUGUGGAAGCGCGUGCAGCAUGCUGCCAUGGUGCCGCUGCAUCGGGGGUUUGUAUCGCAUGGAGCUCUGUUUUUCCUGUGUGAGUAUUACCCUGGCGCCGUCAGCUUACACCAAAAGUACAUCCAGCAGCAGCACCCCCCCUCGGAGGCUUUUCUAUGGUCCGUCCUCACUCAAGUAUGUGGGGCACUGCGGGUGGUCCAUGGAGCCAGCCUCGCGUGCAAGAGCAUCCACGCCAAGCGCCUGCUCAUCACUUCGCACGAUCGCAUUCGAAUCACGGGCUUGGGCGUGUUGGAUGUGUUGGAGUACGAUAGCCUCAAGUCCAAACCUCGUGUCGACGGCAUGCAACGAGAGGAUAUUUUGGCGCUGGGAAAGGUGGUGCUGAGUGUCGCGAGUGGUCGAGACUGGCACAUGUCUAUCCAUCAAGAGAUGGUCGAGGUCAUGGAGUCGCGGUAUUCGCCUACGUUAUGUGCUUUGGUCACCAGCUUACUCGAUCAAUCCAUCGACACGGUGGCGGCCCUGAGCAUGCCUCUACAAGACAGCGUGUUUGCUGCUUUGGACGCGCAGAGUCGUGUGGCGGAUGAGUCGGAGCUCCAGCUGGGCGCCGAGUACCAGAACGGCCGCAUGCUGCUGCUGCUAAUGAAGCUUGGUCUAGUGAAUGAACGCCCGGAACUCCUACAAGACCAAAGUUGGGCCGACACGGGCGAUCGGUACCUCUUGCAGCUGUUUCGAGACUAUGUGUUUCAUCAAGUGGAUGAAUUAAAUCGACCGGUGGUGGAUUUUGGGCAUGUGGUGGAUUGUUUGAACAAGCUCGACAGCGCCGCGCCAGAAAAGAUUUUGCUGUCGUCCCGCGAUGGCCAGUCGGUUCUCGUAGUGUCAUAUGCCGAGGUGCAUCGUUGUGUCCAGCAGACGUUUACAGAGCUGCUCACGGCGGCCCAGCGCCGGCCUUCAUAUGCCACUCCCGCCGCCAAGCCAGUCACUCAACCGACGCGCGGCGGCGCGCACCGGUCCAUCCCCCGCGGCAGCGGACGUGGUGGCGGCGGACGUAAUGGAAGGGACUACUAAAGGCUUGAAGUGGAUCUGGUUACGUUAACAAGGUUUGUUUCGCAGGAUGGAAAACGUCGUGAGUAGGAAUAGUAUUAGUACGGGGAAUAGAAGAGUAAUAUAGUACAUAUCCAUUCAUGAAGCAUAACUUUGCAAAAAUACUCUCAUAUAUUUACUAUUAAUAGUAAGGCUCAUAGAUAGUUGGCCGAGUGGACUGCAUUUGGU